UCAAAUACGCUUCGGUUGUUUUCUAGUUUUAAGCUAUGGGUAGCAUAAGUUUAUACUUCCGUGUACUUGUUGUUCUCCAAUGUUAUGUUGUGUUUUGUUUAGCUAAGGAUCUACCAGCCAUGUUCAUUUUUGGGGAUUCUUUGGUUGAAGCUGGAAACAAUAACUACAUUGUGUCUCUUUCUAAAGCUAAUUAUGCACCAAAUGGGAUUGAUUUUGGGAAACCUACCGGGCGUUAUACCAAUAAACGGACUAUUGUUGACGUUAUAGGUCAAGAGUUUGGAUACGAUUAUUACAUUCCUCCUUACCUGGAUCCUACUACAGUUGGAGAUGUUGUUUUGAAGGGAGUUAACUAUGCAUCUGGAGGUGGUGGUAUUCUUAACAGAACUGGCUAUAUAUUCGGUGGUAGAAUCAACAUGGAUGCACAAAUCGAUAACUUCGCCAACACUAGACAAGAUAUUAUCUCGAGUAUCGGUUCUGUGGCUGCCUCUAAACUCUUGGAGAAAGCUUUUGUGGGUAUCAUAAUGGGUUCAAACGAUUUCCUCGACAAUUACUUGGUUCCGGCCAUUGUAGGAAUGCCUCCAGAGACAUCGCCAGAAGAGUUUGUCGAUUCUCUGAUCACCACGUUUCGACCACAACUAACGAGACUGUACCACUUGGGUACUAGAAAGAUUGUAGUUUCAAAUGUUGGUCCUAUUGGUUGCACCCCAUACCAAAGAGAUUUUAACCCACCAAAAGCAGGUGAUUCUUGUGUUGAAUCGUCGAAUCACUUGGCGAAGCUAUUCAACACCAAACUGAAGAGCCUUAUCAUAGAGCUGAACUCAAAUCUUCCUGGAUCUAAAUUUUUGUAUGCAAAUGUGUACGACGUUUUCAAUGAUGUGGUCGUAAACUAUAAAUCUUAUGGUUUUGAGAACCCAAGUUCUGGAUGUUGCCAUCUCGCGGGUAAGCAUGGAGGAAUCGUUCCGUGUGGUCCGCCAUGCAAUGUUUGUCCCGAUCGAUCCAAAUAUGUAUUCUGGGAUGCAUACCAUCCAUCUGAUGCUUGUAAUGUCAUUAUUGCACAGAAACUGGUAAAUGGCGAUACUAACGCCAUAUACCCGAUGAACCUUCGACAACUCUUCUUAAGUAGUGUUUAGAUUUUUACAUUGCAACGCUUCUUCCCCAUACAAAAUGUUGCUGUUUUCAUGGUGGCUCAGUAUUCAUUUUGCCACUUUAUAUUAAGGUUUAGUAUUUGAAACUUAUCCGUUGUUUAUUAUAUGGUUCUUAAGAAUGUUAGCUCUUUUUGGAUGUUCUUAAGAGAAUGGUCUGCUAAUAUGUAAUUCUAGUGAUUGUUUACUUAUAUAUUUGUAAUCGGGUAUCGGCCCAUGAUAAAUCAAUGAAUCAUUUUUUUUUCA